ACAUUCAUGUCAUGCCAGAGCUACUAUUCUACUGUCUAGUAUUAUAUGAACCAGUUAUUCGUUAUAAGUAGCCUGACAAUAUGCAGCAUUUCGGAUGGAUUCAUUUUCGGCCAAAUGUCUGGUAUGGUGGAUGCAUUGCUUGAAAAAGAAGAUGAAAUAGGGCUUAGUUCUAACGACGUGUCAUUAAUAGCAUCAUUAAUCAACCUCACAUGCAUCAUCGGCUUUGGCUUGGUCGCUCUGCUCGGAGAGAAGAUUGGUCGGAGGCAUACCAUCUCAAUCCUCACCGUACCAGUACUGAUUAGCUACAUCAUGGUACAUUAUGGAUACGACAAAACGACUUUCUUUAUAUCCAGAAUUAUUGUCGGUGUCAGCUAUGGUGGCAUACUAGUAUUAAUAACAUUAACUAUGGCGGAGUAUACGAACCCAAACAAAAGGGCGAUUUGUGUUAAUUAUAUAUCUUCUAUAGGACCAUCACUGGGCACGAUGUUAGGACAUGUUUUAAGUAUUUUAUUACACUGGAGAACGGUGGCAUUGAUUGGACUAAUUCCAACAGGAUUAUCUGCCAUAUUACCUUUGUUUUGGGUUGAAAGUCCAUCGUGGUUGGCAACUCAGGGCAGAUUUGAGGAAUGUAAAGAAGCGUUUAUAUUAUUACGUGGUACGGGCAAAGAAGCAGAAGCUGAACUUAAAUUAUUGAUAGACACCACUAGAAACACUCAAAGUCAAGUUAGAGCGAGUGGAAUAAAAUUUCAUAAAACAAUGGCCUUGUUGAGAAAAGCUAUGAAACAAAAAUACUUUUGGAAACUGUAUUUACUGUCGAUAAUCAUCAACAUUUACAGAAUAAGUGCAGGCAAGUUAUUGUUCAGUACUUUAGCAAUUACAAUGCUCCAACAGAUAACUGGUACUUCUAAUAUUUUAACAUCUACUUUAAUAGUUGAUGGCUUUAUUGUUCUGGGUAAUAUUCUUUCGUUCUUUGUCCUGAAUAGAAUGAAAAUGAGAACACAUUUGUUUUCACUAGGCUUAGUAGCAAAUAUAAUACUACCAGAUUGA